GGCGUCGUGUGUGCCUGGCGCCUUCUCCACGCGGCUGUCUUGGAGCUCCGGCUGCCGCCGCCGCCGCCGCCUCGCCCGGCCUUCCCGACGUAGUCGCUCGCCGUCCCGCCGGCAGCAGCAGCGGCAGCAGCAUGGUGCCCCGAGUGGCCGCCGCCGCGGCGCUGCUGUGCGCCUUCCUCGGCUCCUGCGCCCGGGGCUCCUUGGUCCUGCCCGCCGACGGGCCAGGCCGAACCUCGAACAAGACCGAAGGGCCGUGCACCCUCGCCGGGACGUGGGUGAACGAGCUGGGCUCCCAGAUGGUGCUCUCGGCCAGCAACGCAGCAGGCCACUUCUCCGGCUCCUACCUGACAGCGGUGUCGGCCUCUGAGAAGCCCAUCCGAGCGUCCAAGCUGAAGGGCAGCCAUCACCAGACCAACCGGCGGGCGCAGCCCACCUUUGGCUUCACCGUCCAGUGGGCCUUCUCGGACUCCACCACUGUCUUUGUGGGCCAAUGCUUCGUGGACGCCAGUGGGCAGGAGACCCUGGAAACCACCUGGCUUCUGCAGGAGGAGGUGGCAUCUCGGGCGGACGCCUGGAAAGCAACCCGGAUUGGCAAGAAUGUCUUCCACCGUGUCAAGUAAAGAAAGGCCGGCCAGGCAGCCAGGAGGGCUCCCUUCCUUCUUCUGGACCUGGGCCGGGCGGCUGCAAGAGAGACAUUCCCUUGACCAGCUAAGAGGAGACCAGCAGAAUCUCAGCGGGGCUCUGCUCAUCAGCCAGCCGCAAGGCCUCCCUCUCUCCUGGGACGAGAUGCAAAGCAGCAGCAGCAGCAGCAGCAGGCGGGGUGGGGGGAACUGGAAGAGGCCACACCGGCCACCCACAAGCCUGCUUUGGCCUCUGGGCCACACAAGCCCCAGCACAAUAAAAGUUGGCAAUACAGCAAGCAAA